AGUGCUGAGCUUUGACUCGUCAUUUUGCCGCAAUGGGUGCGGGAAGCUCCACUGCUCAGGGGUUUGUGCAAUUUGCACUGUCACAAGAGGUCCUGCGAUUCGGUGAGUUCAAACUGAAGUCUGGCAGGACUUCUCCAUACUUCUUCAAUGCUGGCUUGUUCACAACAGGGGAGGCCUUGACCAAGCUUGGGGAGUUCUAUGCUGAUGCCAUCGUUGCAUCCGGUGUUGAGUUCGAUUGCCUGUUUGGGCCAGCAUACAAGGGCAUUCCAUUGGCGGCUGCUGUGGCCAUUGCAAUCUACAAGAAUCACGGUCGAAAUGUGGCAUAUGCUUACAAUCGCAAGGAGGCCAAGGCCCAUGGUGAGGGUGGCCAGAUUGUUGGAACGCUGAAGCCACGCGUGCUCAUCAUAGACGACGUGAUCACCGCAGGGACUGCCAUUCGAGAGUCUAUGGACUUGCUUGCAGCUCAGAAGGAUGUUCGAGCCGUUGGGGUUGUCGUUGCGAUGGAUCGGCAAGAACGAGUUCAAGAGGAUGUGAAAGUUUCUGCUAUUCAGCAGGUGGAGAAAGACUACAACAUCCCUGUGAUCAGCAUCGCAAAGAUGGAGGACUUGAUCGUUUACAUCGAUCAGCAGUGCGCCGGGUGGACUAAGUUGACCAAGCAACAAACAUAG